GCGUGCCCAUUUUGACCAAAGUACAUAAUUAAUUUUACGAUCGUAGGUAAUUUUCUUGGCCUGUAUCUAAAGCGACAGCCAUUACCAAACGGUUUGGUGAGCUAUGUGCACAUCUAACGUGACUAAAACAGAUAACCCUGAGCGUCGCAACCGCAAAUCUUCAAGAAUAUUCUGCGGGAUGGCAUCCAACAUAUUGAAGCACUUGUACCUGAUCUUCCGGACAUACCUGGACAUGUUUAUUGACAUCGUCUUUGCAUUCAUCUUUGAGGGGAAGAGACAAGCUAUACCGGACCUUGAAAGUCGACAUGCGAUCCUGGCUCAGAGUGCGGUAUCUCUGGCAGCGAAGAUUAGAAAUAAAGAACUGACGUCUCAAGAAUUGGUGACUGCUUGUAUUGAACGGAUCAAAGCGGUGAACCCUGUCCUCAAUGCUGUGGUGGACGAGCGGUUUGAAGACGCCUUGAAAGAAGCGAAAGAAAUUGAUAAGAAGAUAGCUGAAGGGCUGCCAAAAGAAUAUUUUGAAAAGAAACCUUUCUUAGGAGUGCCCUUCACUUCGAAGGAGAGCCAAGCGGUCGCAGGAAUGUUGCAUCCACUCGGGCUCAAGUCGCGGGCGCACGUGCGUGCUAACGAAGACGCGGAAUGCGUGCGAUUGAUGCGCGAGAGUGGCGCCAUACCGGUCGCUGUCACUACCGUUCCUGAGGUCAACCAAUGGCAGGAGACUCGCAGCAUGGUGCACGGGCAGACUAACAACCCUUACCACACCGGGCGUACCACCGGCGGCUCGAGUGGCGGCGAAGCGGCGCUGGCUGCUGCCUUGGCCACGCCCAUCGCACUGUGUUCGGACAUUGGCGGUUCCACGCGCAUGCCAGCUUUCUACUGCGGCCUGUACGGAUUCAAAGCUACGCCGGGAUACACCAGCAUCAAAGGCACGUGUCUACGCUCUGGUUUGGAUCCCACCAUGGCGUCCAUCGGCUUCGUGUCCAAACACCCAGUGGACCAAGUGCCUCUCACCAAGAUCGUCGCACCCACCUUGGACUUGGACAAACACGUGGACGUUAAGAACGUGAAAUACCUAUAUGUGGAGACGGCACAAGACUUACGAGUGAGUCCCAUCAGCAAGGAGCUUCGUCAAGCCAUGACCAGGGUGAUAAAGAAGCUAACAGAGCAAGCCCCGAACACAGAAUGCGUGCCCAAAGAGUAUUCCCACGCCGGCCUGGCUUAUAUGUUCGCGCUGUGGCAGCACGCCAUGACGAAGGAAACGCUGGACUUCCCCGCCGUGCUGGCCAACAACCAGGGGAGACCUAACGCUUAUGUCGAGCUGGUCAAGAAGUGCCUAGGCUUGUCUCAGUAUACGCUGGCGGCGGUGCUGAAGCUGUUCAACGAUGAAGUCAUCCCGCCCAUCAACAAGGAAUGGGCGGAAAAUCUCACCAAGGAGUUUGCGGACGACUUGACGAGCGCCCUAGGGCCCAACGGCGUGCUUUUGUUUCCCUCCGCGCCGGCGGCGGCGCCAUACCACUAUGCGCUGUUCACGCGGCCCUUCAACUUCGCCUACUGGGCCAUCAUCAACGCAUUGCACAUGCCUGCUGUACAGGUGCCUCUCGGGCUGAACAGCGAAGGCCUGCCCAUAGGCAUCCAGGUGGUAGCAGCACCACACAACGAUGCAUUGGCCCUCGCCGUGGCUGCGCACAUCGGGACCACUUGUGGCGGGUACGUGCCGCCGUGCAGGAUCAUCGAGUAAGGUUCAAGGUGGGAGAUAAAUACACCGUCAAAUUUUAGUGGUUGUUGUUCCCGCGGCACAACGAUUUACCUUUAGUAGUAGGGUGAUUGCUAUAGUAAUCAGCCUAUACAUAGUUAUUGGCAUAUUGGAUUGUUAAUAAGUAAGAGACAAAAUUAUUUACUACAUUGGACUGCG